AAAGUAUAAAUGAGCCUGAACAUGUCGGAGAUACCUCAGAUGCACUGUCUGGGAAUGAGACAGGUGGAUUUGUAAAAUAAUCUGUACAGAUUCAACAGCACAAUGUCAAAACUAACUCUUACAGCAGGACUAGGACUUCUCCUUUGUCUUCAAAUAGUUGCCUCAACCAAGCUAGUGUGCUAUUUCACCAACUGGUCCCAGUACAGGCCCAGCAAUGGACGCUUCACACCAGAGAAUGUCGACCCCUUCCUCUGUACCCACGUAAUCUACACUCUGGCCACCAUUGGCACAGACCAGCAGAUUACAACCAUCGAAUGGAACGAUGAGACCAUGUACAAGAACCUGAACAGCCUGAAGAAUGUAAACCCUGACCUGAAGACAUUGCUGUCCGUUGGGGGCUGGGUCAACGGCGUGAGCCCGUUUAUUCAGAUGGUGUCCACUCCAGCCAAUCGUCAGACCUUCAUCAGCUCUGCACUACUCUUCCUCCGGGCUCACGGCUUUGAUGGCCUGGACCUGGCCUGGGAAUUCCCUGGACAGAGCGGCAGUCCUGCUGAAGACAAGCAGAGGUUCACUGCUUUGGUAGAGGAGCUCAGAGGAGCCAUUGAGCAGGAGGCCAAAGACACCAGAAACACCCCAUUGCUGCUCUCUGCCAAAGUGGCUGCCCUAAAGUCCACCAUUGAUGCUGCCUAUGAAAUCCCUGAAAUCGCAAGUCAAGUAGACUUCCUCAAUGUCAUGACAUAUGACUACCAUGGUUCAUGGGAGAAGGUUACAGGACACAACAGUCCACUCUUCAAGAAUUCUGGCGAUAGCGGAAGCCAUAUCUACCACAACAUUAAUGCCACUGUGUCGUACUGGAUCAGUAAAGGAGCCCCAGCUGAGAGGCUGCUGCUGGGUUUCCCUACAUAUGGACGCACUUUCCGCCUUACCACCUCAGCAACAAACCUUGGUGCCCCUGCUAACGGCCCUGCUGAUGCUGGACCCUACACUCGUGAUGCUGGUUUCUGGGCCUAUUAUGAGAUCUGCACCUUUGCAGCAUCUGGCAAAGUAGAAUGGAUCAAUGAGCAGAGUGUUCCCUAUGCUGUUCAAGGAAAGUCUUGGGUGGGCUAUGACAACCAAGAGAGCUUUGCUGCCAAGGUUGAGUGGCUCAACUCUAUGAACCUGGGUGGGGCAUCAGUAUGGAGCCUUGAUCUGGAUGACUUUGGAGGACAUUUCUGCUCACAUGGAGAAUAUCCUCUUGUUAACCAUCUGCGCAACUCAUUGGGUUUCCCACCCAAGCCAACCACAACUCGUGCCCCGACCACUACUCCAGACCCCAUCAUCACCUUCUGCUCUGGAAAGCCUGAUGGCCUGUAUGCUAACCCUGCUGAUGAGACCACCUACUUCCAGUGCUUCCGUGGAAACACAUACCUGCAUCGGUGUCAACCCGGCCUGGUGUAUGAUGAUGUUUGUAAAUGCUGCAACUGGCCAUAAGAGAUUCCCAAGAUAUUUUUGCAAAAAAGUAAUAUACCGGUCAAACAAUAAAAUUUCAAUUAGUGAGCAUCAUUCAUUGCUGAUACAGGUUAUGAAGUAGUGAAAUGUAUAAAAAAUUGUAUAAAUGUACAAAAAUGAAAAUUCCAAGAAAAACAUUUUAUAUGGA